CCCGUCUUCUCUAUUACUGCGUAGGUCGGUUCAUUUCCGCCUCGCUUGGUCCGUCGGAGAUGGCAACUGUGGCAGCCUCGCCUUGAGAGACAAAACGCAGAACAAGAAGGCCGCUGGUCGGUGCCGCCAUGGGUCGGGAGUCCAGAUCAACAAAGCAACAGUUGUCCAAACAAAAACAGCAUUAUCGGAAGCGCUCCUCAUCACGAGGGCGCUCUGGUAGCCGUUCUCGAAGUCGUUCUCCACCUGACAAAAGAGCAAAACGUGGAGAUGAUAGGCGCUCUAGAAGCAGGGACAGAGAUCGCAGACGUGAGAGAUCACGGAGCAGGGACAAGAGGAGAUCUCGAUCACGUGAUAGGAAACGUGUGAGGCGUUCAAGAAGCAGAGAGAGGGAACGAAGCAGGGAGAGGAGACGAUCCCGUAGUCGAGAGAGAAGAAGAUCCAGAAGCCGAAGCAGAGGGAGAAGGUCCCGAUCUUCCAGCCCUGGCAAGAACAAAAAAGUAGAAAACAGAUCACGAUCUAAAGAAAAGAUAGAAGGUGUGGAAGUUAACAAAGAAAAGAAAAAGGAGAAAGAGGACAAAGAAGAAGAAAAGGAUAAAGAUGUAAAUAAUUUUGAUCAGAACAAAUUAGAAGAAGAAAUGAGAAAACGAAAAGAAAGAGUAGAAAAAUGGAGAGAAGAACAGCGCAAGAAAGCUAUGGAAAAUAUAGGAGAACUGAAAAAAGAAAUUGAAGAGAUGAAGCAGGGGAAGAAAUGGAGCUUAGAAGAUGAUGAUGAUGAUGAUGAAGAAACAGCAGAAGGAGAAAAAGAAGGCAAUGAAAUUGAAGAUGAAGAACUAGAUCCAUUAGAUGCAUAUAUGGAAGAAGUAAAGGAAGAGGUCAAGAAAUUUAAUAUGAGGAGCGUAAAAGGUGGUGGUGGAAGUGAAAAGAAAUCUGGGCCAACAGUUACUAAAGUAGUAACUGUGGUGAAAACUAAAAAGGCAUCUCCAGAGACCGAAAAGAAAAAAGGAGAACUCAUGGUGAAUGACCAAGAUGCAAUGGAGUAUUCCUCUGAAGAGGAGGAAGUUGAUCUCCAGACUGCAUUAACAGGCUACCAGACCAAACAUAGGAAGUUACUAGAACCAGUGGAUCACGGGAAGAUUGAAUAUGAGACUUACAGGAAAAAUUUCUAUGUUGAAGUUCCAGAGCUGGCUAAAAUGAGUCAAGAAGAGGUGAAUACAUUUAGGAUGGAAAUGGAAGGAAUUACAGUCAAGGGUAAAGGAUGUCCUAAGCCAAUCAAAACCUGGGUGCAGUGUGGUAUUUCUAUGAAAAUUCUGAAUUCCCUGAAAAAGCAUGGCUAUGACAAACCCACCCCUAUCCAAGCCCAAGCUAUACCUGCAAUUAUGAGUGGACGGGAUUUAAUUGGCAUUGCUAAAACGGGAAGUGGAAAAACCAUUGCUUUUCUGUUGCCCAUGUUCAGACACAUCAUGGAUCAGAGACAAUUAGAAGAAGGGGAAGGCCCAAUAGCUGUCAUUAUGACUCCUACACGAGAGUUGGCUUUGCAGAUUACAAAGGAGUGCAAGAAGUUCUCCAAGACACUUGGGGUUAGAGUUGUUUGUGUAUAUGGAGGAACAGGAAUAAGUGAACAGAUUGCUGAACUGAAAAGGGGUGCUGAAAUUAUCGUUUGCACACCUGGCCGUAUGAUUGAUAUGUUAGCAGCUAAUAAUGGCCGGGUGACAAAUCUUCGAAGAGUGACAUAUGUUGUCCUUGAUGAAGCUGAUAGAAUGUUUGACAUGGGCUUUGAGCCUCAGGUUAUGCGCAUUGUAGACAAUGUGAGACCUGACCGGCAGACAGUUAUGUUCUCUGCUACCUUCCCUAGAGCCAUGGAGGCUUUAGCUCGUCGAAUACUAAGUAAGCCAAUUGAAGUCCAAGUUGGUGGCAGGAGUGUUGUCUGUUCUGAUGUGGAACAGCAUGUGGUUGUCAUAGAGGAAGAGAACAAGUUUUUGAAGUUACUUGAAUUACUAGGACACUAUCAGGAAAAAGGAUCUGUCAUUAUAUUUGUAGAUAAACAAGAACAUGCAGAUGGAUUGCUGAAAGACUUAAUGAGAGCUUCUUAUCCUUGCUUGUCACUUCAUGGAGGCAUUGACCAGUAUGAUAGAGAUAGUAUAAUCAAUGAUUUUAAGAGUGGAGUGUGUAAACUACUUGUUGCCACAUCUGUAGCAGCCCGUGGUCUUGAUGUAAAACAUCUCAUGCUUGUCAUCAACUACAGCUGCCCCAAUCAUUAUGAGGAUUAUGUGCACAGAGCAGGCAGAACUGGACGAGCAGGCAACAAAGGAUAUGCGUAUACUUUUAUAACGGAAGAUCAAGCACGGUAUGCUGGUGAUAUAAUUAAAGCUUUCGAGUUAUCAGGUACUGCAGUUCCUUCUGAGCUAGAAAAGCUUUGGACUGAUUUCAAAGAUCAGCAAAAGGCUGAAGGGAAGACAAUUAAAAAGAGUAGUGGGUUCUCUGGUAAAGGCUUCAAGUUUGAUGAAACAGAAGAAGCUUUGGCUAAUGAGAGAAAGAAACUGCAAAAAGCUGCACUUGGUUUGCAGGAUUCAGAUGAUGAAGAUACUGCAGUGGAUAUUGAUGAACAGAUUGAAAGCAUGUUCAAUUCAAAGAAAAGAGUGAAGGACAUGGCAUCAUCUGGUGGAACAUCUAAUGUUCCUGCCCCAACAGCAGGAAAUGCAGAAAAAUUAGAAAUAGCGAAAAGAUUAGCAUUGAGAAUCAAUGCACAGAAGAAUCUUGGAGCUGAGGCACAAGUAUCUGUCUCUUUUCAAUUUAAGGAUGUUAUGCAGCAAGCUACAAAUGCUAUCCUGAGAGGUGGUACAAUUCAGGCUCCGACAGUAUCUGCUAAGACAAUUGCAGAACAACUGGCUGAGAAGAUCAAUGCAAAGCUCAAUUAUGUGCCCAUAGAGAAACAAGAAGAGGAGAAACAGGAAGGAGGACAAAAUGAAUCCUUUAAGAGAUAUGAAGAAGAACUGGAAAUUAAUGAUUUCCCACAGACUGCUAGGUGGAAAGUAACAUCAAAGGAGGCACUACACAGAAUAAGUGAAUAUUCUGAAGCUGCCAUUACAAUCAGAGGAACAUACUUUCCUCCAGGCAAAGAACCCAAGGAGGGAGAACGAAAAAUUUACUUGGCUAUUGAGAGUGCCAAUGAACUGGCUGUGCAAAAAGCAAAAGCAGAAAUUACAAGACUUAUCAAAGAAGAGCUUAUCAGAUUGCAAAAUUCAUACCAACCAACCAACAAAGGAAGAUACAAAGUUUUAUAAAUAUUUGGAGUAAAUCUGCCAGUUUCUCAUUUGUGAAACUUUGUCAUUUCUGAUUAUAUUUACUGUUUACACUGCGUAUUUGUAAAUUACUUUUUUAAUAUUGUCAUGCUGAAUUUUUUUAAAGAUCAAAAUCAUUUGUCAGGAGAUUGCUUUCAGCUCAUAGGACAACCGUUUCAGGAGGACACGAUUAAACUUUUUAAUUUGUAUGCUUUUUCUGCUAAAUGUACUGAAUAAAAUUUAAACUAGUUGAAACUUUCCUGAAAGAAUGUAGUAUAAUCUCAGUUUGAAGAUCUUAUCCAGGGGUUGGAAAGUAUAGUAUAUCAAGGCUCAUGUUUUGCAGUAAUUGAAAAAAAAAUGCUAUAAAAUAAAGGCUAAGUGUUCCUCCCCCUCCCCCUCCCCUUCUUUCAGUCCCUUUGAGAUCACUGAGAACUUUAUGAUCUCCUAAAACUAUAUAGAUAGACUGGAACCUUGGUUACAUAAAUUCUAACUGAACUUUGAUUAUAUAGAUACAAAAAAGUUAUGUCUGUAUAUUUUUCUGCAAAAUGAGAGAUUUGGAAAAUUUAAAGCCGCUUUCUAUAAAUGUUUGAAUAAUAGGUUUAGUCAACUAAUGUGAAUGCAUUAUUUUAUGAGAGAAUGCACUUCCACAUCAAAGUUAUUUCAUCAGGGAAGUACAUUUAGUCAAGCCGUGUGUGUGUAACAUAUGUAUAUUUUUUAUUUCUUCCCAAGACUUUCUUUUGGUGUAUAUACAAGAGAAGAAUUAGUUAGCAGGCCACUUCUAGCAUUGAUACUGCUGCUUUGGAAUAUGGUUGCCCAGUUGCCGGCCUGGAGCAUGUAAACUGACUGAGAAGUUGGUCUCGUGAUCUCAGAAUGCAGCCUAACUGAGCUUGGGUCUUACUUCCUACCUAUCCCCAGCAGAAUAUUUAAGGGAUAACUUGUCUCACUUUCUUGUAAUUUUAGCUUUAAUGUUGCCCCAUCAUUGGUGGUAUCUUUAUGCAAACAAUGACAGUAAGAAUUAAAACUGAAAAAUGCGCAAUUUUGGUAAUCUUAUGAUAGGAAUGGUGAUAUAGGGUAAAAUCUUGUUUGAUAUGUAAUAUGUAUGUUGAUCUAGAGGUGGGCAACUUGUAGCCCUCUCAGUGUUUUGGCCUACAACCCCCAAGCAUUCCUCAUCAUUAGCAAUGCUAGCUAGGUCUGGUGGGUGUUUCAGCCUGCAGGUUGACUGCCCAUGAUUAAACACAGCUGUAAAUACAACUUACAGAGUAAUCCUAUGGAGCUCAGUGGGGGGAGGGGGGAGUCCAUGGUGUGGGAACUGCUGACCAGAACAGAAGACUUGUAACAGUUUUUUUUUCUUUCCAGUUUCUCUCUUUUCCCAUUUUCUUUCCCUCCUAUUGGUUCCAGUAGGAUAAGAAAUAAAUAUCCAAGCCCUUCUGUGAUUCACUAACACAUACCUAGAAUACCUCUGGUUUUCCCUUUGCUGCCAAUGGUGCGCCACAACAGCAGAGCUUUUCUGCACACAGUCAAGGGAAGCUCUCCUCAGCUGGGAAUCCAUAAUAUCCUAUAGCCCCUGGGAGUCUCCAGGGAUCAUAAGAGAGCAGUCCAAAAUUUCAAAACCAUAGCCAUAAAUUGCAUUUAAAUGUGUUAGGACCCUCUAAAACAAUGUACUAGAUUACCCAACACAUUUUAUGCUAAUAGUUUGCUUUUGAACACUGCUCCCUCGACACUUUGUGACUGUUUUGCUUUUCUAUUUUAAAAAAAUUAAAUCACUCACUAGAUCCACAGAAGGAAAGAUAGAACAGGAGUCAGGGACAUGAUUUUGUUUUGAAACAUUUUGUAUUGGCAACUACUUGGAGAAGCCGUUAUCAUGGAUUUUAGAGUGAAUGCAAGGAUUUUUGUAAAAAGCAUUUUCAUUAUAUGUGGUUUCUUAUACCCUCACAAAAUAAAAUAAAAAGUCAUUGUGUA